GAAAUCCUAUGAUGAAAUAAGCCUGUGAGUGGAGCGACUUGUUCUGUCAGAGAGAGAGAGAGAGCGAGUUUAUGAAGAACUGUUUAAGCAUUACAGAGGUGCAGACUGAGGAAUAUGAAUAUGCAUCGCACCAUAUGGCUCCACUUGCUCUGGGACUAGAUGUGUCCAGAAGCUGAGAGGAGUUUAUGCACUGAAAAGACCACAGGAAAAUCCACAAUGGCCGCCAAAAGGAAAGGUGGCCUAAAACUGAAUGCGAUCUGUGCCAAGCUUAGCCGGCAGGUGGUAUAUGACGGCAGCUCCCAGAAUGCAGAGGGCGACUCAGACCUAGUGGACAACAGCGAGCGGGGCAGCCUGCACUACGAUGAGGGUGACAGGCCUGAAAGCGACUUCCCAGAGGAGCUGACCCUGGGCCAGAGUUUGGAGGAGGACCAGAAACGGCGCGAGGCCAUUGAGAAGUGGGUGAACGGCGAAUAUGCUGAUGAUCCGCAAUCCUUAGAUGGGGUUGAGCACAGGGUACUCAGACCCAACAAUGGAGAUGAUGGCCCUCCUGAGGGUGUGUACAUGGUGCAGCCCAAAGGCUGCAGUGAUGAAGAAGACAACACAGAAGAAGCUGAGACUAUGCCUGGCUCCAAUGAGGGCAGUUAUCACGAGGACAGAAACUCAGAGGGCAGCCCACACAAGGACGACAGCUACCAACCCACCACUGAAGCCCCCCCUCGCCAACCCGCCUUCUCUUCUCCAGGGGAGGCCUCCACUUUGCGUGACUAUGCCACCAACACCAUGAAUGAGUUCUUACACAUGUUUGGCUAUGAUGGCCAACAGGUUCGGGAUGAGUUGGCCAAGAAGAUCAGCUUCGAAAAGCUGAAAGCAGCUACCUCAGAUCCCUCCUCCCUGAGCAGUGAGGAGGCCACCCGUCGAGCUCGCUUCUCCAAGUACGAGGAGUACAUCCGCAAGCUAAAAGCUGGGGAGACCCUGCCCUGGCCUAUCCAGACCAAACCAGAAGAGCUCAACUCCAAAAUGGCACAGGAGAAGAGCGCCACCCUCAUCCAACCAACCCUCACAGGGACUGAAGGUCAGAUUUUUCCAUCCGGAAUAGACCACAAACAAAGCUCGCUCAACGCGCCCCCAAACAACCCGUCACACAUACAGAACCUGGCGUCCCGGGCCUCCAAGUAUGACUACUUCAUCCAGAAGCUGAAGAUGGGCGAGAGCCUCAAACAGCAGAAUGGCAAUUCCUACAAGCGGCCCUCCAAGUAUGAUCUGGAGAAUGUGAAGUUCCUACACCUCUUCAAACCAGGAGAGGGCAACCCUGACAUGGGUGGCGCCAUCGCCUUUAAGACUGGCAAGGUUGGACGGCCUUCAAAAUAUGACAUACGAAACAUCCAGAAGCUUAUGCCUGUGAAGGCUGACCCUCCGAUGAUGCCAGCCGUUCUCCCGGCUACACCAGGAACCCCAGGAACACCAGUCAUUAACACAGCUGCUCCCGCUGGGAUUGUUGGGCCUCCGGGGUUGCCAGUCGAUCAGGCAGGCCACCUGGGUUUUAACACUGAUUACAUGAAGUCCAGCUUCUCCAAGACUGACUCCAUCACUACUGGAACUGUCUCCUCAGUCAAGAACGGUCUUCCUCCAGAGAAACCUGCCACAGAGGAUGUCAACGUAUACCAGAAAUAUAUCGCCAGGUUUUCUGGGAGCCAGCACUGUGGCCAUGUGCACUGUGCUUACCAGUACAGAGAGCAUUAUCACUGCAUGGACCCUGAAUGUAACUAUCAGAGAUUCACCAGUAAGCAGGAUGUGAUAAGGCAUUAUAACAUGCAUAAGAAGAGGGACAACUCCCUGCAGCAUGGAUUCAUGCGCUUUAGCCCAUUGGAUGACUGCAGUGUCUACUACCAUGGCUGCCAUCUCAACGGCAAGAGCACCCAUUACCACUGCAUGCAGGUGGGCUGUAACAAGGUGUACACAAGCACCUCUGAUGUCAUGACUCAUGAGAACUUCCAUAAGAAAAAUGCACAGCUGAUCAACGAUGGCUUCCAGAGGUUCCGUGCCACAGAAGAUUGUGGGACAGUUGGGUGUCAGUUCUAUGGGCAAAAGACUACCCACUUCCACUGCAGGCGCCCAGGCUGUACCUUCACCUUCAAGAACAAGUGUGACAUCGAGAAGCACAAGAGCUAUCACAUUAAAGAUGACGCUUACGCCAAGGAUGGCUUCAAGAAGUUUUACAAAUAUGAGGAAUGCAAGUACGAAGGCUGCGUCUACAGCAAGGCCACCAACCAUUUUCACUGCAUCCGUCAGGGCUGUGGCUUCACCUUUACCUCCACCAGCCAGAUGACCUCACACAAGCGCAAACACGAGCGCCGCCACAUCCGAUCAUCAGGCAUGCUGGGCCUCACUUCCUCCUUCCUUUUGCCCAAAGAGGAACAGGAUGAGUCCAGCAACGAUGACCUCAUGGAUUUCUCAGCGAUUAGCAGCAAGAACUCCAGUUUAAGUGCUUCUCCAACCACACAGCAGUCCUCCACUGCACCACACAUGCUGCCCACUCCAACAACCACCAUGUCCUCCAGUCACAGCAUCAAGCCAACCGCCGCUCUUCCUCCGGCCAGCCGCAUAUCCACCCUGCUCUCCCAGGCUCUCCCCAGCAACGUGCCCAUGGCUCUGGCUCUUUCCAACAGCACCUUAGCAGGGGCUUCCAACCCCUUCUUUCCUCUCAUUCCCAGAAUGUCCAUGUCGCUCACACCCUCUGCCCCUGGCCUGAUCUGUGCCGGCAACUCCAGGGCUCACUCCAUGCCCAGCGACUCUCUUCCCCAGACCUCAACCCCACCUGGGGACCCAGCCGCUGCUACUGUAGCUUCCACUCCAACCUCCUUUGCUGCAUCAUCCAUCAUGGAGAAGAUCUCGGCCAGCAAAGGUUUGAUAUCGCCCAUGAUGGCCAGACUGGCAGCCGCUGCCCUGAAGCCCUCAAGUAACCUGGAUGCAGGGAUUGGGCAGCCAGCUCAAGCAGGCCAGUUUAAUUCAGUUGAAGUGAAGCAGGAGCCAGUGGACGGCACCUCGGGGGUCUCCCAAGACUCCAUCCAAGAGCACAGCCUGGACCUGAGCAAGAAAGACCACAGCACUGAAUCAAACGGACACCCGGCGCCCGGAAAAACAUCUCUUUUAUCCUCGCUUAUGAAUAAGAUGACACAUGUGAAUCCUGGCUUCUUCAGUGCUUUGAAUCUGAAGUCUGAGCUGGAGGGAGCUCAGGCAGCUGAUGGCUCAGAGGCAGCUCAGUAUCUCAGCAGGGUGAUGAAGAGAUCGGGCCCAGAGAAACCAGUUGAGCUAUGGAGGGCCUAUCUGCGCAGGUAUGACACUGAUGAUUUCUGUGAAGCCCAGUGUGAUUUCUUGCACAAGAUACAUUUUCAUUGCCUGGUGGAGGAUUGUGGGGCCCUUUUCAGUACAGUGGACGGAGCCAUCAAACACGCAAACUUCCACUUCAGAGCCAACCUGAAGGUUAAAUCAGAGUCCCCUUUCAACGAGAGCAAGGAAUCCAAUGAUAGUGCCCCUAAUCAGAUGGCUGCCCCCAUUUCCAUGGCCAAGACGCCUCCCAUGGAGGUGCCCAGCCUUGCUGUUUCAGGGGGAUACAGCUCGUCCCCUUCAUUGCAAGCCUGGAAACAGCUGGCUGGAUCGAUCCCCCAACUUCCCGCUUCCAUGCCCAGUAUGCCAGCCACUUCCCCUCUGGCCACAACCUCACUGGAGAAUGCUAAGCCGCAGGUCAAGCCUGGCUUCCUACAGUUCCAAGACAAUGAUCCUUGUCUGGCCACUGACUGCAAAUACUCCAAUAAGUUCCAUUUCCACUGUCUGUUUGGAAACUGCAAAUAUGUGUGUAAAACCUCCGGGAAGGCCGAAUCGCACUGCCUGGACCACAUAAACCCCAACAGCAACCUGGUGAAUGUGCGAGACCAGUUCUCCUACUAUUCCCUACAGUGUCUUUGUCCUAACCAGCACUGUGAGUUUCGGAUGAGGGGCCACUAUCAUUGUCUGAGACCUGGCUGUUACUUCGUAACCAACAUCACCACCAAACUGCCCUGGCACGUCAAGAAACAUGAGAAAGCCGAACGACGUGCAGCCAACGGGUUUAAAUACUUCACCAAGAGAGAAGAAUGUGGCAGACUCGGGUGCAAAUACAACCAAGUUAACAGCCACUUCCAUUGUAUCCGUGAGGGCUGUCAGUUCUCCUUCCUGCUCAAGCACCAGAUGACCUCCCAUGCCCGCAAACACAUGAGGAGGAUGCUGGGGAAAAACUUUGACCGAGUCCCUUCACAGGUUGUCUCUCAUGCCCACCGGUCUGAAGAGAUGCAGCACAUGGCCAGUCUAGCUUCGUCUGGUGUGAUGGGCAGCCAUCCUGGUCUGACCCACAACUUCUCCAGCAUGAUGGAGGAAAAUGAUGAUUACAUGGACUACACCGGCGGGGGAAGCCCACUUGGCCUCUCCUCAGAAUCCUCUUACCAAGACCGUAGCUGCACCAGCACCCCAGUGGGCAAUGACAGCUCGCCAGCAGGACCAGGCUGUCAGGUCCCUCCUCCUGCCACCACUACCUCUGCUGACUCUCCUUCUCCUUCUCAAUCUGCACCUCUUCCUCCUCCACCACCUCCACCACCUCCUCCUCCUCCACAUCAGUCCGUGCUCCAGAGUCAGCCUCCAUCUCUCUCCUCGGCUCUUCUCCGGCCACCACUCCCAUACCUUCUCUCCCCUUCCUGUCUGUCAUACUCUCUGCUUAGCGCCUCUCUUGGAGCCACUAGGAGUGUUGUCAUGCCAACCAACACACCAGCUUUCAGCCCCAUCAUUCCUACUUCAUCUUCGGUUAAAAAUGAUGUCCCUAUAGUUCAGGAUGCUGCAGGUAACACCAUCUCUAUCCCCACUGCAACUGGCACCAAGAAACGCUUCUGGAUCAUCGAGGACAUGUCACCCUUUGGCAAACGCCGCAAGACAGCCUCGUCUCGCAAGAUGCUGGAUGAAGGCAUGAUGCUGGAAGGGUUCCGCCGCUACGACCUCUAUGAGGACUGCAAGGAUACGGCCUGCCAGUUCUCCCUGAAGGUCACCCACUACCACUGCACACGGGAGAACUGCGGCUACAAGUUCUGCGGCCGCACCCACAUGUAUAAGCACGCCCAGCACCACGACCGCGUGGACAACCUGGUUCUGGAUGAUUUCAAGCGCUUCAAGUCUUCGUUGUGUUGCAACUUCCCAGAUUGCCAGUUUUCUGGCAACAGCACCCAUUUCCACUGCCUGCGCUGUGGCUUCCGCUGCACAGACAGCACCAAGGUGACUGCGCACCGCAAGCACCAUGGGAAGCAAGACGUGAUCAGUGCCGCCGGCUUCUGUCAGUUCAGCUCCAGCGCAGACUGUGAAGUCGCCGACUGCAAGUAUAAACUCAAAUGCUCACAUUUCCAUUGCACUUACCCAGAGUGCAAGCACACAGUGGUAGGGAUGUCCCAGAUGGAUUCCCACAAGCGCAAGCACGAGAAGCAGGAGAGGGGAGAGCUGCCUUCUGUCUCCCCCAACCGAGAUGGGAACCACCACCAUGCAGGCCUAGACGUGUCCCCUGCACACACGAAUCUGCCCCCAACCUCGCCCAACACACCAGGGCUGACCCAUAACAAUGUGGCCAUGUAUCUCCCUUCAGCUAGGGGUGCUGGAGAGUAUGAACAUGCAGGAUCUGCAAUCAAUCUCGAUAGCUCUCUAAACCUCGGAACGGACACCAACAGCUCCCUGUUCUUCCUGAAGAACGCUGCUGGUUUGGGCCUCAGCGACUCCGUGGACCUGAGCAAGAUGAUGCACAGGGAGCCACUGUCCCUGGCUGCUAGGUCUGGCCCUGCUGUUUUAUUGGGCCUGAGCAACCCUCAGGAUGACACUACCGGCACAUCCGGCGAUCCAGAAGACGACCUAUCAGCCGAGGAAGAGCCGAUAGCAGAGGAGGACGAUGAUGAUGAUGAGGAAGAAGAGGAGGAACCAGAGGAGGACAUGAACACAGACUCAUAUGAUGAUUCCAUGCCAGAGCCAGAUGUUGACAAAGACAAUGGUGAAAGUUUUGAUGCUUCCAUGAACCAUGCUGAGACUUCCCAACUGGAUAAAGAGGAGCCCGAGGUUGAAUCUAUGCUGUAGGAGAACUCUGAAUUCCCUGAACAAAUGCAAGUUUGAGUCCCUCAUUUAUCAUCCUUACAGACGCUGCAGAUGACAAGAAAACAACCAACUACACAAGAAAAGUGAAGGCGCCCAAAAUGAUUUAUUAUGAUGUUUACAAGAUGACCAACAUUAUAAAUUUAAUUAUGCAUUAAAAAAUGAACAGAGACAGACAAACGAGGCCCUCUUUUACACAUGGGUGACUAUGUAAACCUUUUCCUACACAUCAGUCUUUUGUGUGUGUGUGCAUGUUUGAUUUUAAUUUAUUCAAUUUCAUUUGUUACUCUUUGUGUGUGGAAAAAAAAUAAGGAAAAACAAUCUCUAGAUAAUAUCUAUAUAAAGUAGAUGUGUGUGGAUAUUAAUGUACAUUUUAAUUGCAGUCACUGGAUUGCAGGACCCUCAUACCAACUGAAAGAGACAAUAGUACAUUGCAGGAAUGUUUUAUAAAGAAUGUUGCUGAAAUAAUUGAUUCUGAAACACCUUGUGUCAUUAUUAUUAUUAAUGAAGUGCAGGGGCCUGCAUCAGUUCUUUGACUUAUAUGCUACUCCGUUUAUCAGUUGAUUCUUUGUAUUUUAUUUACAAUGAUCGCAGUUCUCAAUUAAACAUGCCAUCAUGGUCAGUGAUGUCAUAGGCUCCAUUCCACAUGGACAAUCGCCUGCUUCUACAGGACAAACAGUGACCAGUGACUGCAAAGCUUAAGGCCAUAAAGCAUUGAUCUCAGUGAACUCAACUUACCAAAUGCUAGCUCUCACUUGAUUUGAAAGAGGACCCAUUUGGCAUUGCAUAUUCAUAGCGCACUUUUGUAUAGAUGAGCAGAUACUCAAGCCUCUAUUUAAGACAUUUUAUCUUUUACAUGAUUGCAUUACUAUGGCUUUCUCGUUCGUUUGUUUGUUUGUUUUUGCAUUUUUUUCUAAUUGUACAGGCAUGACCAGAUGAUGUGGGGGUGUCUCACUGUAAAGGAGUCUGUUGUAAUGAUGGGCAUCAGCGCCCCCUGUGUUUUGGAGAGUUUGUAUUGUAACGGUGCUACUGCCCAAAAUUAAUUGGGGAAGAUUACAGCUUUUUUUUCAUCCACAAAUAGAUAAACUCAAGUGUCCAUCAAAAAGAGCAGGAGACAAGUGUCUCUGAAUGUAGGGAAAAAGACAUUUGUAUGUGUUAUUUUUCUUUGAUUUUUCCCUUCACUGUUUCAGUAGCAUGAAAAAAAUAGUUGUAACAAAGUCAGAGGAUGGAGACUGGCUUUUUGAUGCUUCUUUUUUUCAGAAGCCUCAUAUGUCUAUUUCUAAAGGAAGAGGAAACAUGGAAAGAGACUCUUUUUCUAGAUGGCUGAAUGGAGGACAGGUAUCACAGAGACACCAUAAUGAAUGCAAGUGCUGGUGAUGGAAAAUGUGUGAUUUUAUGAAUUGUACAGACCGAAAAUAAUGUUUCAAGGUUUUGUUUUCUCUUUAAAACAGCUGUGGUUUCUCUCCAAUAAUAAGAAGUUAUUUAAUAUUUAUGUGACCUUGUAAUGAGAAAAUUCUAGGGUGUUUUUUUUUUUUGUUGCACUUUUUAGGUUCAUUUUUACCAUAUGAAAUUAUGGCAUAUAUCUUUUAACAGGGAAUUUGCUUUAUCAUGUUGUUUAGUUCACCUUGCUUUGAUGCACAAAUAGUCUUCAGUGUGACGAAGAACUGUUGUCCUGUGUUUUAUUUAAGGAAAAAAACAACAAAAGAAAAAAAAGAUUUUCUUUGCUUCCAAGAUUGGAUGAUUUCAAUAUGAAACGGCAAGAUAGAACCUGGCCUGCCUAACGAGUAACACUAAUGAUUACUGUCAUUUAAAUUAAUUCUAUACAAAGGAAAUUAUUGCAGUGCUCUGCUCUAAAUUUCAAAACAAGAGAGAAGAAUGAAUUUAGUUAGCUUGGACUCCAAACAAGGAAAAGUGAGACGAGGAAAUUAAUUAUUUCCUAAACGUGACAUUGGAAGAACUAUCAUAAUAUAGGCAACUAAAUGUGUAGAUAAAUAUCUUCAAAAAAAUAUUGUUUCAGGAAGGGAAAAAAAAAGGUUGUAUAGUAUUUUCUUCUGUAAAAACUAAAUAUGAACAAAAAUGCUCUUUGGUUAAAAGCUUCCUUUAAAAAGAAACUAAAAAGGAGAAAUAAAGAAUAAAAAGUUAAAAACUGAAAUAACGCCAGUGUAGUUUGCUUGCUUGUGUGUGUGUGUGUGUGUGUGUGUGAGAGAGAGAGAGAGAGAGAGAGAGAGAUACAGUAUGUGAGUGUAUGUGUGAGGUUUUAUAAUCAUGGUUUUCCCAUAGUGGUAGACGAAUUAGUGGUAAUUAAAUCUAUACAAGUCACAUUAUUGUAGCACUGAAUGUGUGCAUUUCUACCUUUUAUGUUAGAAAUCAUAUUUUUUUUUUUUUUAUUAUUUUUUUUUUUUGGGAUAUCAUGCACAAUAACAUU